AUGUAUCGACCUCGCACUCCUAAAAGUAGCCGAAGCUCAACUCGGCGGGCUCCAAGAAAGGUAUUGCCUACAUAUAUUUAUACAGAAGAUAAUCUCCAUAAUCUCAACGAAGUAGUAAUUUCGAUUAUUAACGGAAUCGGUAUGGAUGUUGUAGAUCCAGCUCUCUUCCUUUAUCUUGUGGGGCCACUAAAUGAUGCAGCUAUUAGAAUGCAAAGGUGCAAAAGCUACAGCGCAGUCAGACAAAUCGAUAUCGCAUUAGAUUACAUUAAUAGUUAUAAUACAAGACAAAAUCUUGCUGAUGCAGAAGGAGAAGACUCCGAAUAUGCCAAAAUUUAUUACUCAAAUCCUGAUCUCAAACCAUUUGUUGAAGCAGCUUUGGAUGGCCAGCCAUUACCACCGGUUAGUAGACAAAUGAAAGAUGAUAUAGUUGCGAAAUUGCGAUACGUUAUGGCUUCUGCCACAGAUGAUAAAUUAUACCACCAAGCACAGGACACUUUAAUAAUGAUAGCAUCAGAAAAGAAGCUUGGCGAAAGAAGUGUUUAUGAUCUUGACUUUUUACGUGAAACUGAACCAGAUUUAUCAGAAGAUGCAAAAAUUGAAAUGAUCAACCAAAACCUUCGAAGAUCUUUACGCAAGAACAAAUCAGAAGAAAAUGCAGAACUUGAACGCCUAGAAAACAAUUUGAACGCUCAAUUAAACUUAAUAACUCGUUUACGGGAAAUUUUCCCACCAAAGAUGGCCAAAUCGUCUGAAAUCGGAGAGCUGAGGAAGAAAGAAAAACUUUACCAAACAAUGAAUCAGCCUUUCAAGGCUUCUAAGGUCAGAGAUCAAAUUAAUAACUUGAAACAAAAGAAUCAAGAAGAAUUCCAGAACAAAGUCGAGCUUGACUUUGAAACACAGAAACAGAUGUUAAUUUCCAAAUACGAAGAAAAAGUUGCAUUAAAACGCGAAUAUUACAAAAGACAAGCAUAUAAACUAAAACAAACUGCUGCUAAACAGAGAGAAGCUGUUGAGAGGAAUCGUGAAUCUAGAAGUGUUCAUUAUGGAUCAAAUCUUCCAAAAUUAUAA